CCUGGAUGGUUGCAGCGCACCUAACUAGUGUCCCCUGCGCAAAGCAGAGCAAGAGAAAUCCACCCGAGCGACGUCAAGAUUGCUGAACGGUCUGGAUUAGGUUGGGCACCUUCGCUCGCAACGAUAUGGGGGUGAUAAGUCACGCGGACGACGGCGACGAGGCUCAGAAGACUGGUGCGACCGCCGCGGCACCCAACGGCAUCGCAAACGGCAAGAAAAAGAGCAAGCGCAAGUCCAAGGGGCGCGCGGCAGGCAACGGCGCGCAGUCUGCCGCGGAAGCAGGCGUCGAUAGCGGAAACAGUUUGUCGGGCAGCGGCAGCAGCAGUAGCAGCAACAGCAACAGCAGCGGUAGUACCGCGCUGCCGAGCCAGGGCGACGUGGAGGCGCGCUUUCACUGGCGCGUGCAGGUCAAGCCGGGCAAGGGCCGGUGCGCCGUCGCUAGCAAGUCGUUCGAGCGCGGGCAGGUGGUGCUGGCGGAGACGGCGCUGCUGUUCGUGCCGCGAGACGCGUACCACGCCGUGCUCUGCCACUGCUGCGGCCACACCUUCGCCGACAGCACCAGCCUCACCGGCACCCAAAUCUCGCCCCACCCCUGCCAUGGCUGCGGCUUCGCUGUCUUCUGCUCCGAGUGCGCCCCAUCAGCACAGUCCAAGCACGGCGUGUUCUGUCCUCUCUUCCGCGCCCUGCCUGCCAUUGCACGAUCGGCUGACUGCUCGCCUGACCUCCUCCGUCUCCUCCUCUGCAUGGCUCAGGCACACCACAGCACAUCGCAGGAGGGCACUUGUCCCCACACACAGCACCAGGCGUCCAAGGCAUCGCCCGGCGCAACUCUCAGCCCCAUCACACCCACCUUACAGGACGCUCUGUGCCUGUCAGCCAAGGACACCUCCCAGCAGGCAGACUGGGCUGCAUCCGUGGCUGCUGCGUGCUCCGCGCUCACUGCUGCUGCCGCAUUCAUGCUCAAUGGGGAGGAGGGCGGGGGAGGGGGGGAGGCAAGACCGCUUCUUACUGACACAGCGGUACUGCAGCAGUGGGCGGCGCUGCUAGCCAACAACGUGCAUGGCAUGGGUGCGCACGGUCCUCUCAACACCGACACCGCCCUGGGCCUCUUCCCCUUCGUCUCCAUGCUCAACCACUCCUGCCGCCCUAACUGCUGCUUUGCAUCGCAGGGCAACACCAUGGUAGUGCGAGCUACAUGCCACAUCGACAAAGGCACAGAGCUGUGUGUAUCGUACAUCAAUCUGUACGACAGCAGGGAGAGCCGCCAGCAGCAGCUGCUGGAAUCCAAGCACUUCGUGUGCUCAUGCAAGCGGUGCUCCGAGCCCCUGCUGCUCUCCUCCGACCGACUCCUCGAGGGUGUGCUCUGCCGCAGCAACGGCUGCUCAGGCACCCUCUUUCGUGCCUCUCCCCGCCGCUUCGCUCCUCCCUCGGCCUCACUCAACCCCUCCCCCUCCCCGCCUCCAUCGGAGUCCAAUGGAAGCUCCAGCGAGGGGCAGCAGUGGCAGUGCGAUGCGUGUGGGGUAGUGAUUAUGGAAGGGGGGCAGGAGGAAGGGGGAGAGGGAAAGGAGGAGGAUGAGGUGGAAGAGGGGGUGGGAGAGAGCGGGAGGAAUGGUGACGAAUUGGAGGAGAAUGGGACUGGCCCUGGUGCAGGUGCAGCCAGGGGAGGGGGAAAGGGGAAGGGCAAAGGCAAAGGGAAAGGUAAAGGGAAGGGGAAGGGGAAGGGGGGUAAGGGCGGUGAGCGGGAAGGAGGAGGAGGAGAAGGAGGUGGGAAAGGCAAGGGGAGUGGGUGGGGGUCAGGAGGAGGACCAUGGGAGGUGGAGGGUGCAGCGCGGGCAGCCCUGCAGCAGUGCCUGGCGCUGUACGAGAGCCCCCACCGCGACUCCAAGGCGUGCCUCGCUGCCCUCUCCGCCUUCCAAGCCACCUACGCCGCCAAGCUGCACCCCCGCCAUGUGCUGCUAUUCGACAGCCUCACCCCGGCCCUCAACUGCGCCAGAGCCCUCACCGACUAUUCCCUCGCCAUGCGCCACGCACUCUCCCUCGUGGACGGGCUGACAGCCGUGGCGCCCUCUGCUGUGCUGGAGGCCGCUAACUUCGCCCAUGCUGCCAGUGAGCUUGCUGCGCUCCGAGCCGCCAAUGCUGCUCCUGCGCUCGCCCACCGACUCACGAAACAGGGUGAUGAGUGGGCCAGCAAGGCCAGGGAGCUUCGCGUUGUUGGGCUGGGCGCUGACAGCGUCUGAUUGACUGCAGUUCUGGAGCAACGAUUCAGUGACGCAGUGCACAGCAUGCUAGCAGCACUGCACCAGCACUGCAACGAGUCAGUAUUCCAUUUGUGAAAGAAUUCCCCACUAGCCCGGGACUGACGCCUGGAGCAGUGUUACAGUAUGACAUACCAAACAAAAUCAUGGA